AUGAAUAACACCGUGGAAGGAUGUGAGCCCUCAAGCCACCCGGGCGACAUCUCAGCAAAGGAAUUUGCGGUUGGCAUUCUGCCUUCACAUGGCAUAUCUUUGGACGUGCCCGGAGACCCAGAGCUGCAACGAUCGCAUUUGAGCAAGCACCUCUCCACGCCUGCGUACCAGAGUCCGCUGAGACACCACCGCCGCACGCCCUCGCAGCAUCGCGAGGUCAAGGAGACUUUGAACGCCAGAAGCGCCUACACGAAUAAUCAAGAUGACGGCAAGGCUGAGCACCACAUCAACCAGUACAUUAUCAAAGAUGAGAUUGGACGCGGCUCGUUUGGCGCGGUGCACUUGGCUGUUGAUCAGUAUGGCACGGAAUAUGCUGUCAAGGAGUUCUCGAAGUCUCGUCUGCGAAAACGAGCCCAGUCCAAUAUUCUCCGAAGCCCACAUGGACCUCGACGACCCGGACAUCUAGCUGCGAGUGGUGGACUCAAUUCGCCUCUACAUCGACACUCGGCAUCGGACAUUCAUAAAUACCAGGAAGCAGGAAACCCGUUGUACUUGAUCAAGGAGGAGAUUGCUAUCAUGAAGAAGUUGAACCAUCCUAACCUGGUGUCGCUUAUUGAAGUGCUGGACGAUCCCGAGGAAGACUCAUUGUACAUGGUCUUGGAGAUGUGCAAGAAAGGUGUGGUCAUGAAAGUCGGACUGAACGAGAAGGCAGACCCGUAUGACACUGAGAGGUGUAGGCUUUGGUUCAGAGAUCUGAUAUUGGGAAUCGAGUACCUUGAAGUUCACGCCCAAGGUGUUGUGCAUCGGGAUAUCAAGCCUGACAAUUUACUCCUGACCGAAGACAAUGUCCUCAAGAUCGUUGACUUUGGUGUAUCUGAGAUGUUCGAAAAAGCCUCAGAUAUGAUGACUGCCAAGUCCGCCGGAUCGCCUGCUUUCUUACCGCCGGAGCUUUGCGUGACCAAGCACGGAGAUGUCUCUGGGAAAGCUGCGGAUAUCUGGUCUAUGGGUGUAUCCUUAUACUGUCUAAGAUUCGGAUGCAUACCCUUCGAGCGGCCUGGAGUUCUGGAAUUAUACAACGCCAUUCGGAACGAUAACCUAGAGAUCCAUGAGACUGACUCGGAGUUCUGUGAUCUGAUAAGAAAGAUGCUUGAGAAGGAUCCCAAGAAGAGGAUAACGAUGCCGGAGAUUCGAGCACAUCCGUGGGUGACCAAAAACGGUGCAGAUCCAUUACUAUCUGAAGAGGAGAACACCUCGGAAUUAGUUGAACCGCCAAGCGCGAUCGAGGUCAAUCAUGCCAUCACAGCAAGAAUGAGGAAUCUCCUUGUUAUGAUGAAAGCAGUCAAAAAGUUCAAGACACUGGUAGAAAAGCGGAGACCUUCUGCUCUGUCUGGUGCUCUAGGGAGAGGACUCGGUGCUAUCCACUCUUCCUUGAGUUUAAGUGUCGAUGGAGAAUCCGAGAGAGCGGGAAUGGGUUCUCAUAAAUCCAAAAGCUCAAUCUUCGAUGAUCGAAGACACCCGAAGACUGUUCUAGCCACUGAAGGGGUCCAUUACACGCCUACUCAAGUCCCGAGCCUCCGACCAAGAGCCGGUAGCGCUGUCUCAGGCGGCUCUCCAAACGACACUUGCAAGUCAAUUCCCACCAUGGUGUCCAAAUCAUCACCCCCGAUCCUCGCCAAAGAGGACUCGGGCGAGAAAGGCCACGCACACGACCCCCUCGAAGAAGAACCGCUCUUCCUUGGCAUUGGCGCGGGCGGCCACGAGGCUCUCGACGCUUCUCUGCAGAGCAUCAUUGCAGAGUCCCCCACGUCCGCCGAGUCUAACAUCUACGAGAAAGCUUACCAAGAGGAAGUUGAUCGCAUCCGUAGCGCGCGGGGCCACACUGCUACCAUCUACCUCACCCGCCGGGUUGAAUCGAAGAAAGAGUACAAGGCUGACGAGAACAUGGUGGAUGCGCCGCACCCAAGUGAAGUUGCAGGUGCCACGCAGGGUUUUCGAGACUUUCUGGAUAAGGCGAGGAAGAAGAAAGCCGAGCCUGAGAAUAAGGAGGGGCUUGUUGUGGGCGGCAAUCGGUUUGCGGAUAUUGCGUCGAAGGCAGUUGAAAAUACUCGGAUCUUGGGGAGAGAGUUGAGCGACAGGAGUGGUGGGUUGGUGGAUAGUGUGUUGGCCAAGGCAGUGGAGAAGAGAGCUGAGCAGAAGGAGGCGAGAGGAGGGAGCGGUACGGCGGUUGUGGGUGGCCGAUGGGGAAGUGGACAGGAGUGA